AUGGAAUUAUUGGUUUGACACAAAUGGAAUUUAGUUAUAUCUCUUCGUUUCUCCGAUCUUCUCGGCGAAUGUGCAUCACUUGCUAAGCACAAAAAUAUGUGGACGGCAACGAUCAUGUUUGAUGAAGUCUUUCCAUACUUUGGAGAAACAAAUUAAAUUCACUUUUUCAUAACAUCACUUUCGUUUUUGUAAGUUUUUGUGAAAAAUAUAUUAGUGUUAGAUUGAAGUCAAUAAUAGGUAGGCAUGUUGAUUGACCUAAAAAUAAAAUAGAAAUCCUUCGUGUAUAUCGUGUAGUAUUGCUGUAGCAUCCACAUUCAUGAGUUCUAGAAGACAAGGAAUCUCCCACAAAUUUUCUCUAGGUGAAUCAGAAGUAGCUUGUGAAAGAAAGUUACAGAGCAGGUUUGUUGCAGUUUCACACGUAGACCAAAUGAGUACUAAAAGGAACACAUGGAAGUCUGUGAUCUUGAUCUUAGGUUGUUACAAGGUUAAGUGUCCCCUGGAGGAAUCAGAAAAACAGGUUUUGAAACAAGGGUCUUUCCAGAGGCUGUGUUUAUCUGAUGUGAGCAAUUCAAGCUCCACUCAGGCCAUUGAAGAUCUUUCAAUUUCCUUUGCUGGGUCCAAACUUUAUGCAUUCACACUUGAGGAGCUAAGGGAAGCAACAAACAGUUUCUCAUGGAGUAAUAUGCUAGGAGAAGGAGGGUUUGGACCUGUGUACAAGGGUUUUGUGGAUGACAAACUUAGGCCUGGUUUGAAGGCUCAGACUGUUGCUGUGAAAAGGUUGGACUUGGAUGGCUUGCAGGGUCACAGGGAGUGGCUGGCAGAGAUUAUAUUUCUUGGACAGCUAAGGCAUCCACAUCUUGUCAAGUUAAUUGGGUACUGUUAUGAGGAUGAACACAGACUGUUGAUGUAUGAAUACAUGCCAAGAGGCAGCUUGGAGAAUCAACUCUUCAGAAAAUACUCUGCUGCUAUGCCAUGGUCAACCAGGAUGAAAAUUGCAUUAGGAGCUGCCAAAGGUCUGGUCUUCCUUCAUGAAUCAGAUAAGCCUGUAAUAUACCGCGAUUUCAAAGCUUCAAACAUUUUACUAGACUCGGAUUUCACAGCUAAACUCUCAGACUUUGGUCUAGCCAAGGAUGGCCCAGAAGGGGAAGACACAUAUGUAACAACACGCAUAAUGGGAACACAAGGAUAUGCUGCUCCUGAGUACAUAAUGACAGGUCACCUUACAACCAAGAGUGAUGUGUAUAGCUAUGGAGUGGUGCUGUUGGAAUUGCUUACAGGAAGACGAGUAGUGGAUAAGUCUCGGUCGAAUGGUGGGAAGAGCUUAGUGGAAUGGGCAAGGCCUUUGCUGAGAGAUCAGAAAAAACUUUAUAGCAUCAUAGAUUGUAGACUAGAAGGACAAUUUCCCAUGAAAGGAGCCAUGAAAGUUGCUAUGUUGGCUUUCAAAUGCUUGAGUCCUCACCCAAAUGCAAGGCCAACUAUGUGUGAUGUGGUGAAGGUGUUGGAGCCACUUCAGGACUUUGAUGAUGUUUUCAUUGGACCCUUUGUGUAUGUUGCCGUUAGUGAAAAUGGUAACAAACAUAAAAUAUAGCAGCUGAUAGCACUCCUCAGCAAAGUAGAUAUAAUAUAUAUAUGUAUGUAUAUAUAUAUAUAUAUAUCUAUCAGAUAGAAAAAAGGUAAAAAGAAAAAAAAAUGGUGUUAUUUUAUUUUACAAGACGGCAAUCAAGAAAGGGGAGGCAAGUAGUUGUAUCAGAUGUGACUGUGGCCAGAAACAGAGAGCUGCAGCAAAAUGAUGAUUAGGGUGGAAUAAGGAUAAUCAAAUUGAACAUAAGCUGUUAGAAGUGAUGAUGGAGUUUUCUAUGGUUUGAUGAUAUACACAAGAAUGUACAAGUAUAAGCACUUGCUACUAGUUCAGGAUACACACUAAAAUCUAUUCUCAAGUAAUGUAUGUGACAGAAAUAUGGCUGGGAUUAUGUUUGGACAUGGUUUUGGAUUUCAAGGUAUAGUUUAGAGAAAGUGAAAAGAACAAAAAAUUCCAUUUAA